AUGAAAGAAUGGAAAAAGGUUGGAAACAUUGUUGAACUGGUAAAUGCAAUAGAUUGUUUAGAACUAUAUCCCUUGUCCAGUUCAGACCAGGAAGGGUUCGAAGAUGGUUCAGGCACCAUACUGAGAUGUGAAACAUGCUUUUUUCUUAACAAAGAUAAGGCUGUGAAGCUCACGCCAGUUAGAGCUGCCAAAAAGCUGGCUGCUGAUUACUCAAGCAUUUGCACAGGAAAAUAUCUGAGUCCAGAUAGAAUGGAAAGUCUAAUGAAGGGUGAAGGAAAUUACUGGAGAAAGUUGAAAAGUUCGAUUUUGCGGCAUAUGAUAUGUGCUAAUGAUGGCCAAACACAUUUCAAAGCUCUUUCUGCUGUCAACGAAGAAAGAAAUUUAAAGCAAAAACAUUAUGAUGCUGCUAAAACCUUAGUGAAAAGCAUAUUAACAGCUGUCAAGGCUAAAUCAGCUGCGAUACAUUAUGAACAGCAAGUCACUUUUGCAUAUUCUGUUGGAGCUCAAAUCGGGCAAUGUGGACAUUCCAGGAAAGUAGUCCCUGAUCUUGUCAAGUGUUUACUGCAAGUCAUAAACGAGAAGACGAAAGAAGAAUUGCUGAAAUGCCUCCCAAGCACUGGAUUUCCUCCACAUUUUUACAUGGCAGUCGAUAAAGCUACUGUAAACAAAAGAACCAAUGAAGCAGUUAUUUGUCCAACGAUCGAUGGCAAGAAAGUUCCAAUAGUUGUGGCUGCACCAGAAGUGUAUAAACCAACCACAGAUGGUGGUGUACAAGGAGGAAAGGCUGACGAAUCAGCGUCGCGAGCACUAAAGCAAAUUGAAACAAAAUUUGGGAGCACAACAUUGGAUUAUUUAGUUG